ACCGUUUCUGCCUUCUCACUCCAGCACGUGAUUUCCGUUUCUCCGUUCUUCCAUUUUUCUCGGCCUCUCCUCUCCUCACCUCGCCUCGCCUCGCCUCGCCUAUCCUCUUUAUAUUCGCUUUCAACGACACUCUGCUCCUGUCGCUUUUCCCCACAACACACACACAAGACAGAAAGAUGGGAGUUCAACGCGCAGGUGUUGAUAAGAAAAUAACCAUUGGUGUGUGUGUUAUGGAAAAGAAGGUGAAAUGUGGACGCGAGGUGUUUUCAGCUCCGAUGGGACAGAUUCUCGAACGAUUACAAGCAUUUGGUGAAUUUGAGAUCAUACAUUUUGGGGAUAAGGUUAUCCUUGAAGAUCCGAUCGAGAGCGGGAAAACUAGAUUUGGAGCUUUGAAGGAAUAUGUUAAGACAAGUUCUAAGUUUUAACCAUAUGGCUUGAGAAACAGAGGCUUGUGAAGAUGAAUUCAAAGUGUAUGCUAGAUAUGUAUACUUUUAGCUGAAAGCUGUCAAAGACUAUUUUUAUUU